UUUAAUCACAACAAUAGACCGGGAAGGUUCACAGCUGUUCCAAAAGACAAAACAAAGUAAUGAAGAGAGGUAAGCUUUUAUGAAUGGUUGAACCUUUAGAAACAAACAACAAAAUAAUAUAACGGUAAAAACAAUAAAAUAACGAUACAAGAUACAUGUCUGUAGCAGUUUGCAGCCGAGUGCGGAGCGAACGGAAGGAAGAAAAAAAAAAAAAAAAAAAAAAAAAAAAAAAAAAAGAAAAAAGAAAAAAAAAAAAAGUCUAUUGUCAUUUUAUUUUCCUUCCGCUCUCCGUUCACCCUCAACCAUAAUGUUAAAUUUUACACGUUUUGCCACGUUAGAAAAGGUGGUGGUGAUGUGGCGUAGUGGUAGUAGUCACCCCUACAACAAAGUUGGCCAUGAAUGCAGCAAGACCCUUGCAUAGUUGCGUGUAUCAUCGAGCUCACAUCUCGAGGGGCCGCUGCCACGACAAUACAAGGCGGCAUGCUGUGAGAGCAAUACUGACGAGCACGAUGUACAUGACGCGCAUAAACCCCUGGGCGCGCCCAGACGUCGGCCGAAGCGGGGAACAUGUUAAAGCGGCCCCAGUAUUCAAUCAGCGCUCAGUUCGUAUGCGAUGGGAUCGACCCGCCAACCCGAUGAGAGCGUCGAUGACAUUCAGAUUGCGCAAAGGGGGUGGCAGGUCGUUCCAGCACCGAGUAGCAGCGAAUCUGAAAGAGCCGCGAAACGCCAUGGAGCGGUGCCUUGGAGUGGCAAAAAUGUGUGUGCAAGCCCUUCUGCGUUGAGAAAUGGGGUGACAUGUGCUCGGGGUGGCACCGUAAAGCAGAAACGGGCACAAGCAUUCUGCACCCUCUGCACCAGCUUGGCUGACCUAGCCAUGAGACAGGGCCCGUAUACAGUGUCACAAUAGUUGAGCCUACUGAGGACAAGGGACUCACACAGUGCUAUUCGCAGGCCCUCACUCAGGUAUGACCUUAGCUUGUACAGGACUUUGAGGCGGUAAAAGCAGCUUCUUGCGCAUUCGGUGACAUGGGUUUCAAAUCGCAACUGGUUUUCGAAAACAAGUCCCAGAUUUCUGACUCUGUCCACUCUUUCAAUCUGUUCACCAUUAAUCUGUAUAUUUAGAGACCGAUCCCCGAGUUUUCCGAUGUUCUGAGGGGUUCCCGUGAGUAUGAGCUGGGAUU